AUGAUCAUGAUAUCGUUGUCGGCAACAUCCACGUAUAUCACAUUGUCAACUCACAUUGGUACCGGAAAACUAGACCUAGCAUUUCACGCUGGUCCAAGGGACACCUCACUAGUCAUUGGUAUUUGCCAAUACCAUCACCUCUCAUCAGACAUGGAUAUAGGACUCGGAGACCCGAACGGUUCCCACACCAUUGCAAUGGAAACAGUUAGAACGGGAGGGAGUCCUCAAGACACGCUAUUCAUUCCGAAUCAACUUUGCUCAGACUCGUCAGACAUUGACCUGAAACGAGACGUCUACGGGUGGUGGCUCUUAAAACUUCAAACUAGUGGACGAGGAGACAAAGCAGGUGAUCGCGCUGUUCUCAUCUGGCAAAUACUUUUCGACCAAGGAUGGCCAGUUUGA